CUCUGCGCAGGUUUAACGAAGAACGACUAUUCAAUUACGGCCAAUAAUUCAAUACACACCCUCAACACUAUAUUGUAGCCUAAGAGCAUAACUUUUUCUUUCUUUUAUUGAAUGCUAUUCUGGGAAUCCCACUUCCUAGUAUGUUUUACCUCCUUUUAAAACCACCGUUUACACAUGCAAUUAAUUAGUACUCAAUUCUUCAACCAUCAUCUACAAUUGGAAAUUUGCUUCCCAUAAAUUAAAACUUAAGUCUAGUAAUUAACAGCCCAAGAUAAAAAAUAAAAAUCAGACGUAUAAAAAAAGGCAUUUGAAACGUAUGAUUUGAUAAUUGAAAGUUAUAAAAUUUAAGGUAAAUAAUAACAUACAAAAAAUUUCGGCAUUAAUUUUUAAGAGUUGUGAUUAAAAGCGGUGAACUGUGGCAUGUUUAAUAAAUAAUUGCAUUUGUAGUGCAUUUGCUACAAACGAUUUUCUGCCGCCACUUGACUUUUGCACUGCCACUUGACUUUGCACUGCAACUUGUAGUUUGUCCUUUUGGCGCGGUAUCACCAAAAUAGGCCUGCAACGUACAAGUGGCAGUGCAAAAGUCAAGUGGGGGCGCGCAUUUGAGUUGCAGCACAGAGUUGCACUGCGACACUUGACUUUUGCUCUGCGCUGCUUGUGGUUUGUCCUUUUUGCGUCCUUUAGUUUUGCUGAUCCACAGAGCAGCCACACGUGCAUGCGUAUUGCCGACUUACAACCGUCCAUUUUCCAGCGGGGUGUAAAUAUGUUUUUAACACGACAUCGCGUGUUGUAGGCCUACGUUAAAUUUUCACCUACGUUUUUGGGAAUCCUCACCGAAUGUCGGUAUGAAAACAACGUAAAUUCAAUCAAUAAAUAUUGUUAUCAAACGUAAAUCUGAUUUUGCUUUCUUAAUGCAACAUGCGAUAGAUUCGAAGAAGGUAUAAAAAGAAGUUGCUGAAGGUAGACCAGGACCAACUAGUAUAGGCUGAGGCCGAGCUGAAUUAGGCCAAGCCGUUACGACAAUACUUAGUUGGGCACUGAGGUAUAAUACUGUAUUCAAUGCUUUCUUAUCAAUUCAGGUAAACACUAUAUUUUGCCUGAUAAAAUACAGUGUAUAGUCCGGUUUGAAUAGUACACUUGCAAAAAUAACUGGAAAUUUCCGUAGGAAGAUUCAAUUGCAUAUUCAGGGAGUGCUACUUGUAAAAAGUAGGCGUGUUAACAUGUGUUACUUUAGAAUGUAUUAUCGAGAUACUUCCUUGUUUACCCUCGAUUAAAUGGAAUCUACCGAACGUUGCGUUACCAGACGCUGAGCUGAGGCUAUAAAGAAGACGAUAUCUUUGUACUGGCCUGACUUGUCUGUAGGUUCACUUCCACGACUGAAAUUCAUAAGUAUUAAAUGGCAGGUGAAAAGCAAACGGACCCGCUUAGGGGAUUUGCAGAAGGUAUCCUUCAGUGUUCUAUAUGCUUUUGUGAGAUGGAACAACCUAAACAACUUGUAUGUGGACAUGCGUUCUGCUUAAAAUGCGUGAAAGGCUAUUUCGCUACACAGAAUGAUCGACAACGUGUAGAGUGUGCCUUAUGCAGAAAGAAAACCGACGUGCCAUCCCAUGGUCUGGAGAAACUGCCAUCAUUUUUUGUAGCUGAACAAGCAAAAGAUUGUUUAGCAAAAGCUGAUCGAAUUGAUGCCACGUACGGCAGAAGUUGUAGUACCCAUCGAAGGAACUUAGACGUGUGGUGCACUCCAUGCAAUGAACUCAUAUGCCGUCAAUGUAAGGGGCACUCAGGUCACGACACUUGUAGCCUUAAUACAGCCAAUGCGGAAGUCGACACACUUUUCAAGAACUAUCUUAAAGAAAAUUCUAAAUACAAAAACAAAAUCGAUGAGAUUAAAAGUUACAAGCUAACAAUAAAACAACAAAAAGAUGACAGUUUGGAAAGCUUUAUCAAGCGAGCAACUGAAGAAUUUGAAAAACGAGUAGAGUAUAUUAAAAAAGAGGCGGCAGAUAUUGAGAAAAAGCAUCUAGGUCAACUCAACUCAAAACUUGAGGAACUUGAAGCAACUUACACCACCAGAAAGAAAAUCACCAAUGACUACCAGCAAGUCCACAGAGACAAUAUGCAACAAAAGUUACCUUAUCUAAAACAUCUACUACCGGGAGGAACACAAGAUUUAGAAGACACGGAAGCUUUGCCAUUGUCAAAUCAACCUGAUCCUUUUGAAAGAUUAUUUCAAUGUUCUUUUGAUGAUCUCUUCCGAGCAUAUCGAAAUUUAAGGGGGAGGUCGUCUGGUGAUAUCAGAGGUGAGAAGUCUUCUAUGCCACCAGAUAUGCUUUUACGCAGUCGUAGUGUCAUUGAAGAUGUCUUUAAAAAUCCUGUUGAAGGAGAAAGGUCAACUGUCAUAGUUAGUAAAAUGAAUAAGGAAUACGGGAAGAGCUGGAACUGUUUCAUAGCAAGAAGCGAACCUGAGCUAUCCCAUGGUUUUGACUAUGAAUACACAUUCGAAGCACAAGUGGAUGGCCACACGUUAGUUCUAAGUAAAGUUCCAUCAGCCGAUGAAAAAUGUUUUCCAGACGGCACCAUUUUCCGUCCAGAAAUCAUCAGUAGCAACGUCGACAAGGCAACUCGUGAGAGAGCUUUAAAUCUGUUGAAUGAGUGUCUAAACCAAGGAGGCGGGUGUACAAGAAACGAUAUUGCAAAGUACAUGAGAAAAUUUGGUGUGAAUAUCAGGUCAACCCGUCUGAACGAAGCUUGGCAGUGUAUCGUAGCUGGAGGACAUAUCGCAAUGCAGAAAGUCAGCAGUUCUUCCAAGCAUAUCUUAAUCCGCAUAGGUCAAGAAAGAAUACUUUUAUUCAAGUGAUAUUAUACCAAAAAAAUCCAUCAUACUGUAUGAUAUAUCCAGAGGUGACGGAACUAAAGGGUGCUGUGUUAUGGAGAGUAAUGUGUGACCGGAAAUGGUCUGCAGUCAGUUGGUUGUUACCAUGCGCCAGUGAUGUUGGAGUAUAUAGUACA